AAGUAGCGCAAAUUACAAGACCAGUUUGGAUUCACAAAACGAAAGAAGCUUCUUUUUUUAUAUAGGAUUAAUCAGUUCUUGCAUGGACAUGGCGAGCGGCGGCUACUACUCGCCGUACUACCAGCCGGUGCCCUACUACUACAACUACUCGCAGCAGCAGCUGCGAGCCCGAGGAGCUGGCGGCGGCGGCGUCGGGCAGUCGUCGGUCCACGUCUUCCUCCUCCUUGCGAUGGUCUCCCUCCUCGCGGCCACCACGUUGUACGCGUGGUGCGAGUCGGCGGUGGAGAGCAUGCUCGACCAGCUCCGGCUCUUCCUCAUCCUGGCCCCGCUGCCGCUCAUCCUCGCCGUGCAGGACUGUGUGGCGAGCUGCGGCGAGCGCCGGGUUGGUGGCGGGGGUCUCAUGUCCCUCCUCGCGGAGCUGGUCCUCGACCCCAUCAAACCUCUCGCCGUAAACCCUCCUCUGCCGCCCUGGCAAGAUGCUACAGGUCCUGGGGCAACCAUGAUCCUAACGUCGGCCUCAGCUGUUGAGGCCUCCACAGCCGCAGAGCUGUCCGUGGCCUUGCUCGUGGCGCCAGCUCCUUCCUCCAACCCGUUCUCUCUGGUCACCAACCUCUUUACCUCUAUCAAAAAACUGAUCGUAGAGAAAGAGGCAGCAGACUGUAGAUGCGCUGAGAUGGAGAGGCUGGUGGCCGAUGAGAAGGAGGCGUGA